AUGCCUAAGAAUGACUCACCACCCAAUAUCAUCAUUCUCGGCGGUGGCAUAGCGGGCUUGACCACAGCUCUGGCUCUCACCAAAUAUGCUCCAGCUUCACGGCCACCGCCGCAGAUAACGCUCUACGAGAUCCGACCUGAGCCUGCAACAAUCGGCGGAGCUGUCAAUCUCACCCCCAACGCUCUCCGUCUCCUUUCACAUCUUGGCGCUUUGCAGGAAAUACGGGCGAACAAGUACGGCAAGGAGUGCGGUGCCGUCGAAGUCUUCGACUUAUACAGCGGGUCCAAGUUGUCUGAGAGCAGCUUUCGUGGUCCAGAAGGCAAAGGCCUGGGCAAUCCUCCUUUCACGGCGCUAAGAAUAACCAGAGGAGAAAGCCUAAAGGGUGUCUUGGCUGCUCUCGGGAAGCACCCCAACAUCAAGCUCGUAUGCGGCAAGAAGACCACCGAAAUUCAGGAAGAUGCAAAUGGCGUUAGGCUUACGUUCGAAGACGGUGAGACUGUGAGUGCAGACAUCCUCAUUGGCUGCGAUGGUAUUCACUCCGUCACCCGCCUCAAACAUGUCGAACCUGAACGCAAAGGCAUAUACUCUGGCAUAUGCAAUGCCUUCGGCUUCGCCCCUCGCCGCAAGACGGCGUCGGGUGCGUACGAGGAGACGCACUUCGAGACAUCUGGGAUGAAUUUUGGGCGCCGGGGCAUCCUCUUGACAUCCUUCCACGACGAGAAGAAGGACUCCAUCUACGUGGGAGCCCUCAUGCAAGUGCCCGAAAUCGCCUCCCGAGACGGCUGGAAAGCCCGCGGCGCAGAUGCCGAAAAGGCACGGAGAGAAAUCCUUGAACGCUACUCUGGCGCCGCAAACCCCCUCGUCAACCAUCUCAUUGAAGACGCCCAAGAUCUCUACCUCUGGCCAGUCUUCACACUCUGUAAAGGCGGGAAAUGGGCAACCGACCGCGUCAUGUUGAUAGGGGACUCUGCGCACGCCAUGCCUCCCCAGGGAGAGUCCACAGGCAUCGUUUUCGAAGACGGCGUAUUGUUUGCGCGGUGUCUAGGGCGGUGGAUGGAGAAAGAUGACGGAGCGCCCGUGAAGGAAGCGUUUGAUGCGUAUGAAAGAUUGAGAAGACAACGAAUCGACAUUGCGUUUGACGAAAGCCAGAGUGUGAUCAAGACAGUGAAUGAUGCGGGAUGGCUGGGACAUAAGAUCAAGCUGACCAUCGUGCCGUGGUACUUGUGGUGGACGAGGGUAUAUCGGGAGGCUCAUUUUAUCGAAGACGUCACGACGAGCGAACUGAAGUAUUGA